UCCUAUCGAUAAAUACAACCCCUAGUCGUCGUUGGACGUUGGCUGAGUAGUCAACCCUAAAAUACUUGAAAGAAAUAUUGUGUUCACUUGAAAUUUAAAUAAUAGCUCAAAAAUGGGAGAGGGACGUAACCCCAUGGAACGCUUUAAAAACUCUGUGUAUAACAUUCUUGAUGGACCCGUAACUCUUUUUCGAGAGAAAAUUGUUGUACCGAACCAACAGAACUAUCCUUGGUACCAUAAAAAGUUUCGUCGUGUUCCAACUAUUGAUGAAUGCUAUACAGAUGAUGUGGUUUGUUUUCACGAAGCCAAUAUGCAAUUUAAACGAGACAAAAAAGUAGAUAAUGAGAUACUUAAUAUUCUGAGGCAACGUUUUGAGGACUGUGUUUUAUACGAAGGCCACGAUGCAAAAGAAAAAUGUACUCCUAUAUAUCAGCAAUAUGAGGAUGCUUCUACAAACUGGUUCAUGAAAUAUGGAGAUCUUGGGGCUUAUGGUAAUGUGCGAGAUGCAUACAUGAAGCAGAAACAUCGCAUGGUUUGGGAAAGAAGAUAUGGUCCGGUUGGAACUGGAAUGACUCCUAAGAAAUGAGGAAUACCAACGCCUGCAGAGUUGUAAUAAAAACGAUAUUAGAGUAGUAGUGAUUAAUUAAAUAAAUCGGAUUGCCACGUAUCUGCUUGCUCAAAUCAUAGAGCAGAGGGCUACAGAAACAUGUGGGUUUGGAUUGAAUAGAA